AGUACAGUGGAAUAUCUCGAAGGGCCUGGUCAUGCAACACCAGUCGUGUGUUCCUCCCGCUAACUUUCGCGUAGACCCAAGGAUUAACUCUGAGAAAAUUUCAGCAAUUUAUCAAGACGAUAUCAAGUGGAUUUUUUGCUGAUAUUGUUCCACCUUGACAAAAAGAAAAUCGUGGCAUUGCAAGUGAUUUGAUUGAUUUUUCAAAUGUGAAUGUUUUCCCGUGUUUUCUGGCCUUGUCAGGAAGUUAAAAAGAAAAAAACAAGAAAAGUGCGUGUGUUUUCCUGAGGAUUGAUCUGUACUGGGGCUGAAAAAGGGGCUUCCCCCUGCCCUAGAACCCAAAAAAAAUUUAAUACCCAGAUUGUGAUGGAUUUUCUACCCUCCAAUUGCGAUUGAUGAGAUUUCUUGAGACAAGGGUAUAGGGGCGAUAGAAACGAGGUUGAAGAAAAAUGUGUGACACGACAAGGAUUUCCUCGAUGCAACGAGGAAAUUUGUGAAAAUCCUCCCUGCCCUCAGAACCAAAAAAAAAAACGAAGGAACUAGAGACAGAACAAGGGUAGAAGGAUUAAUAAAUCACUGGGUAGAAGGCAACAUUUUUGUCUUAGCCAGAAUAGGAUAUAUAUAGAAAAACCCGCAGUAAAAUGAUUUUCACCACAAGAGCAUCAAUCUCACUAAUCAUUGUGGUUUUGACCACAAUGGACAGUGGAUUAACACAGAUAUCGACUGAAAAAAUUCCCCUUGGUGCAAUUUUCGAACAGGGCACAGAUGAAGUGCAGAGUGCUUUCAAAUUUGCAGUCCUCAACCACAAUUUGAACAUUUCAGCUCGGAGAUUUGAACUUCAAGCUUAUGUGGAUGUUAUAAAUACAGCGGAUGCAUUUAAACUUUCCCGCCUCAUUUGUAACCAGUUCUCCAGGGGAGUCUUCUCAAUGCUGGGAGCUGUGUCACCGGAUUCCUUCGACACUCUGCACUCGUACUGCAAUACAUUUCAAAUGCCAUUCAUCACACCCUGGUUCCCGGAAAAGGUGGAGAGUCCAUCGUCAGGCUUCCUGGAUUUUGCCAUCAGCAUGCGUCCCAAUUACCACGAAGCCAUAAUCGACACAAUCCGCUUCUACGGAUGGAAAAAAAUCAUCUUCGUGUAUGAUUCACACGAUGGACUUUUACGACUCCAACAAAUCUACCAGGGCCUCCAGCCGGGCAAUCAAACAUUUCAAGUGGAAACUGUAAAACGCAUAUCGAACGCCUCGGAAGCGAUAGAAUUCCUUCGAGUGCUGGAAAAUGUGGAUCGCUGGUCGAGGAAGUACAUCGUUCUCGAUUGCUCUACUGAUAUGGCUAAGGAGAUUAUCGUGAAUCACGUUAGAGACAUUUCGCUCGGCCGUAGAACUUAUCACUACUUGCUGAGUGGUCUUAUCAUGGAUGAUAGAUGGGAGACCGAAGUGAUAGAAUAUGGUGCCAUCAACAUAACUGGCUUCCGAAUUGUGGACACGACCAGGCGCUAUGUGAGAGACUUUCUUGAGGGCUGGAAGAAGCUCGACCCAGCUACAUCUCAAGGGGCCGGCAAAGAAUCAAUAUCGGCACAAGCUGCACUCAUGUACGAUGCUGUCUUCGUGCUGGUGGAAGCUUUCAAUAAGCUCCUGCAGAAAAAACCUGACCAAUUUCGCAGCUACACCACAAGACGUAGUCAACCGUUUAACACCUCCUCCUACUCAGCUUCUAUGGCUUCUGGUGGCUCAGUUGGGGGGCCAAACAAUAGGGGAUUGGAUUGCAACACUGCCAAAGGUUGGGUCACCCCGUGGGAGCACGGUGAUAAAAUUUCUCGAUAUCUGAGGAAGGUGGAAAUUGAGGGAUUAACAGGGCAAAUCCGCUUUGCUUCUGAUGGUCUGGCAUCCAGGAAGAACUAUACACUCAAUGUGGUAGAGAUGACGGUAAACAGUGCAAUGGUGAAGGUGGCCGAAUGGUCAGACAUCUCAGGAUUCACUCCAGUAGCCGCAAAGUACAUCCGGCUGCGGCCUCAUGCAGACAUUGAGCGCAAUCGGACAUACAUUGUGACCACAAUUGUGGAGGAGCCUUACAUAAUGGAGAGAACAGCUGAACCUGGGCAAGUGCUGGAGGGUAAUGAUAGGUUUGAGGGCUACUGCAAGGACUUGGCAGACAUGCUGGCCAAGAGGCUGGGAAUUCACUAUGAACUGAGGGUUGUGAAGGAUGGGAACUAUGGUGUGGAGAAUUCUGAAGUUCCUGGUGGUUGGGAUGGAAUGGUCGGAGAACUGGUGAGGAGGGAAGCUGAUGUGGCAAUUGCGUCUUUGACGAUAACAUCGGAACGUGAGAGAGUCAUUGAUUUCAGCAAACCCUUUAUGACUCUCGGAAUUUCCAUCAUGAUAAAGAAGCCCAUCAAACAGAAACCAGGAGUAUUCAGCUUCCUCGAUCCGCUUUCCAAGGAAAUCUGGGUUUGCGUGUUGCUGAGCUAUUUUGGUGUGAGUAUUGUACUCUUCAUUGUAUCCAGAUUCUCCCCCUACGAAUGGCGAUUAUUUAGUUCUACAGGAGAAGAAUCUCACCACCUUGAACAAAUUUCCGGGGGCCAAACGUCGCACACGGUCGUAAAUGAAUUUAGUAUUCUCAAUUCAUUCUGGUUCGCCUUGGGGGCUUUCAUGCAGCAAGGAUGUGACAUAUCUCCACGUUCCAUAUCUGGCCGCAUUGUUGGAUCCGUGUGGUGGUUUUUUACCCUCAUUUUAAUAUCAUCCUACACUGCUAAUUUGGCGGCAUUCCUGACGCUCGAAAGGAUGGCCUCCCCCAUUAAUUCACCAGAAGACUUAGCAUCGCAAACUGACGUACAAUAUGGUACAGUCUACCAUGGUGCCACUUGGGAUUUCUUCAGGAGAUCCCAAAUAACUCUCUAUACAAAAAUGUGGGAGUACAUGAACUCCCGGAAGCAAGUCUUCGUGCGUUCGUACGAUGAGGGAGUGCGACGUGUGAGGACAUCCAAGGGGAAAUACGCCCUUCUAAUUGAAUCACCCAAGAAUGAUUAUAUUAAUGAACGAGAACCGUGCGACACAAUGAAGGUCGGCCGUAAUCUGGAUGACAAGGGCUUUGGCAUCGCUACACCACUCGGAUCCCCCUUGAGGGAUCCCAUAAACUUGGCGGUGCUGUCGCUGAAAGAGACUGGAGAGCUGACGAAGUUGAUGAAUAAAUGGUGGUACGAUCGGACUGAAUGUCGUCACGACAAGUUCGAUACGGCCCACAAUGAAUUAUCUCUGAGUAAUGUUGCUGGCAUCUUCUACAUCCUAAUUGGAGGUUUACUACUGGCUCUGGUGGUGGCUCUUGUGGAGUUCUGCUUCAAGAGUCGCUCCACAAACAACCAAAUGGAUGCUGUUAAAACAAAGCCCAAAUUAACAAUUCAGAUGACUGGCCGAGAGUAUGACAAUGGACGAGUUGGGUACUAUACACCAUCGAGUCAGAUGCCAGGUCAUGUUGAACCACCGGACCAGAUGCAUGGAAAUCCCCAUGUUCAGGUUUGACGGGAACUUGCGCAGGAGUCUCGACUAUGACGACCACCCUGCGCCCCCUCAAUACGCCGGAUAUUGGCCAACAGCCGUCAAGAAACGGAGAAAAUGCUAGGGCAUGACACCCUCAAUCAACACCCCGUGGGGUCAUCGUCAUCUCCCUACCUUGAGACCUGAGCCAUGGGGACCCAGACCGCCCUGGAGCUAGACAGCACCAUCAGCGGAACGCUCAAAACACCCAAAUCCAACACAUUGCAAAAACAUUCUGUAAACUCUCCCUGUACUUAUCACUCGUGAGAGUAUUUUGCCAAAGAUAUUGCAUAAUAAAUUCUAAGGUGAAAGGAGUUAUAGAGAAAAUUGCCCGACUGACGGGUGGAUUCUGGGUCCACCCCCCUGUGCUCAAUCCCAAAAUUCUGAGAAAAAAAUAUACAGGAGACUUUCGGAUUUACCUGCAGAGAGGCUAGGCUUUUUCUUUAAAGACACAUUUUGCUGGGAAGAAGGAUUUGACUUUUUGAGAAAACUCCGCCGACAAGU